UGAUUUGAUUAAUUGCUGUGAUUGAUUGAUUGCUUGCUGAAUUGACAGUUUUGUUAGAGAAUCUGAUCCGUGUAAUGGUCCUAUGAUAUCAGGGAACAUACUGGAAAUCUGAUGCUUGCAUAGUUUGUCUGCUCUCAGGGUACUGGUCUGUGAGUGAAAUCAGUAGGGUUUCUUACCUGCUCUCUCCUCGUUGUACUGGGGUGUGAAUAGAUCAGUGGAGCUCCCUUUUGCGCAUCUGGAAAUUAGAGUUAUGCUUUGCAAGGAACUUUAUUGUCUGCACAGCGAAGCGAGCACAUUUUGAGCUCCAUUCUCUCACCUUAAAUCUGUUCAUUGAGCGAUUUCGAGCGGUACUGCCUACAUGUUUGACUGAUUGGUGGGUUGGGUUGGCUAGGAGGUAAAACAUCACUGCUAUUUGAUUGGCGAUUCUGCUGACCCACUCAUUUAAUUGUCGAAAUGUGCUGAGUAUUUUGGAUAUUUGCUCUUUAAAUGUACUGCUGCUGCUUUCCAUUUGUGACUGGACGCAUGUAGUUUGAUGGUUUGUCGUAGUUUGUCCUGCUGGCGCCCGUAAAUCUGCUCCUCCGCUCCCUUAUUGAAACCCCCCAAUUUAUUACCCUAAACCCGCAGAAAUACAGCCCCCUACUCCCUCUCCUCCCAUAUCUAGCCGCAACAGUCCUGAGGAACCUCUGACCUGUAUUGCUGCCCUGCGAAUCCUGUAGAGCUGUCUAGUUUGGAAAUCUUUGCUUUAAAUGUGCUGAGUAUAUUUCAGAUAUUUGCUCUUUAAAUGUGCUGCCGCCACCGCUUCUGCUUUCCAUUUGAGAAUGGACGCGUGUAGGUUUGACAUUCUGUCAUAGUUUAUCCUGCUGGCGCCCAUAAAUCUGCUCCGCCGCUCCCCUGCGCCCUCUCUCUUAUCGAAACUCCCCAAUUUAUUAGCCUAAACCCGUAGCCAUUCCGGCCCCCUCCCCCCUCUCCUUCUCCCAUAUCUCGCUGCCGCAAUCCUGCGGAACCUUUGGCCCUAUUGCCGCCCGGCGAAUCUUGUAGAGCUAUCUAGUUUUUUGCUCUUUCUUCUUCAGGGCCGAGGAACAUGUCGGCCAUGGUGACUGAGGGGUUCGGGUCCGGAGGGUGGAUGUGGGAGCAGGACGUGGUGUUCGAGAAUGCGCCGGUGUUGGUGGACCUGCAGGAGGGUGAUGCUGUGUGGAACAACAUAGCCGAUAACAUUGAGGGGAAGAAGGGGUUAGGAUCCGGGUCUGGGCCUGGAGUGUGGACGUGGGAGCAGGACAAGGCGUUCGAGAAUGCAUUGGCGUUGGUGGAUCUGGGGGAGGGUGAGGCAGUGUGGAACAAGAUAGCCAAUGUUGUUCCGGGGAAGACAGCCGAGGAGGUCAAGCGGCAAUAUGAGCUUUUGGUGAUGGAUGUGGACGCCAUCGAGGCGGGCCGAGUGCCGCUGCCUGUGUACACUGACGGCGGGAGUCCCGAGGAGGGAGGCUCUAGCGGGAAGAAGAUCGGCGGCAGGGUAGGAGGAGGAUGGGGAGGGCAUGUGCAGAAGGGGUCGCCCAAGUUUGUCGAGCAGGAGCGCCGGAAGGGGAUCCUCUGGACCGAGGAUGAGCACAGGUUGUUCCUUCUUGGACUUGAAAAGUAUGGCAAGGGUGACUGGAGGAGCAUCUCAAGAAACUUCGUCAUCUCAAGGACGCCCACUCAGGUCGCCAGUCACGCGCAGAAGUACUUCAUCCGCCUCAACUCGAUGAACAGGGAGAGGCGGCGAUCAAGCAUACACGACAUCACCAGCGUGAACGGAGAGGCAUCAGCCGCUCAGGGCCCAAUCACAGGCACGAAUGGACAGGCCGCAGUCCCUGGCAAGUCCCCCAAGCAAUCUCCACACCAGCCAGGGAGCCUGCCCCCAGGGGUCGAUGCCUUCGGCACCACGAUCGGGCAGCCGGUCGGCGGCCCCCUCGUGUCCGCCGUCGGCACCCCUGUCACGCUCCCAGUCGCCGCUCCGCCUCACAUGGGGUACGCCAUGCAUGCCCCGGUCCCAGGGACCGUGGUGCCCCGCGCUCCGAUGUACCCGAUGCCGCCCCCGCAGUCACGGUGAUGGCCCGUCUCCUCCUGGAAAAUAGACAUCGUUAAACGCUGCUGGCCCCCCAGCCAAACCCAGAACCUUCUCCAUGUUGUCCAGCCUUGCAGUGAAAUGCUCUGUUAUGUCUGAAUAAAGGAAUAACCUAUGAACUCUUGUACAUUACAGAUGGUGUUAUGGUUGUU